UAUUGCGCGGCUUAAGAAAUUCGACAUCAGUUCCAUCCUUAGAGAUCACACAAGUGGUUGGUUAACCGAUCUAACUACAUUGUCAAAUACAAAUAAUUAAAAUGUUUAAAACACAGUGUUUGUUCUUGUGCUUGAGCUGUGUCAUCAUCAGCGCUUACGGCAAUGCCGUGUCUUUCAUUGACAAGUGUGAAUGGAACGACAAGGCUUGUCUGGUAAAGUCAGCGCAGAAAGCAGUUCCCUACUUCGGAAACGGUUUACCCGAAUACGGAGUAAAGGCUCUGGACCCCAUCAAUAUCGACAAAGUCUCAUUAGAAGAAAGUGGCUUGAGCCUCACUUUUGAAAACUUCAAAGUUGUUGGACCCAAAAAUUGCAAAAUAAUUGGUCUGGAGCGUGACGAAGCACCUACUUAUUUAAGACUGGAGGUAGAAUGCCCUAUUGACGUCACAGGUACAUACACUGCUGCUGGACAACUGUUGUUUGUGCCCAUCGAAGGACAUGGUCCCUUCCGAGUGAAAACUAACAACAUCUACAUCUGGGCUAAAGUUGCUGUGUCAACCGUUGACGGUUCUGAUGGAGAGAAACAUUGGAAGAUCGGCAAAUUCGAAUAUACUUACGAAGCUAAGGAGAAGACUUUGUUGGAAUUCAAAAAUCUGUUCAACGGAGACAAGAGCAAAGCUGAACCCAUCGAGAAAAUUUUGGAUGAAAAUUGGUCGGAGCUUAUGAGGCUAUUCGCCAAACCAAUCAUUUCGAAGAUUAUUCAUGAAAUUAAGGACGAUAUCCAAUCAUUCGUUAAGGUUGUACCUGCUAAGGACUUGGCGUAAUUGUACUUGAUAAUAGUUUUUACUGCAAUCCAGUCCCUGAAAGAAGAACCACUCAUGAAUACUUAGAUGAAUUUUCUUAAACACAAAGAUCAAAAAUGUUUACCUACCUAUAAUAUAUUUUUUUAUAAAUAACUAUACAAUGGUUUAAGUAUGUUUUUUAAUAAAAUGUGGACUUAAAAAUA